CAAGCGGCCAAUCGGAAAGCGGCAUCUUGAGCUGCCCGGUCGCCUGUGAGGCCUGCUCGGUUGCUGCGCCUUCGGAGGCGACUGUGCGGGAGAAGCGAUGAUCGAUCCGCAGAAACGGAAGGCCCCCGGGCCGGAGAUGGCUUUGGUGGCGGCGGCAUCCGCGGCCAAGAAGCCACGCCAGGAGCUGAAAUUAGGAGCGGGGCCUGCCGGAGGGCAGCCACCUCCGGGGGCCUUAUUGCAGGCGGGUCCACCGCGAUGUUCCUCCCUCCAGGCACCCAUAAUGCUCCUUUCAGGGCACGAAGGUGAAGUGUACUGUUGUAAAUUUCAUCCUAAUGGAGCCACCUUAGCAUCAGCUGGAUUUGACAGGCUAAUCUUACUGUGGAAUGUGUAUGGUGACUGCGAUAAUUAUGCCACCCUGAAAGGACAUAGUGGAGCCGUUAUGGAGCUGCAUUACAACACAGAUGGCAGCAUGUUAUUCUCUGCCUCUACGGACAAAACAGUAGCCGUGUGGGACAGCGAGACCGGCGAGAGGGUGAAAAGGCUCAAAGGGCACACGUCGUUUGUGAACUCCUGUUAUCCAGCCCGGCGUGGGCCUCAGUUGGUGUGCACAGGCAGCGAUGAUGGCACAGUAAAGUUAUGGGACAUCAGGAAAAAAGCCGCUGUCCAGACUUUUCAAAACACUUACCAAGUCUUAGCUGUCACGUUCAACGAUACCAGUGACCAGAUAAUAUCUGGAGGCAUAGACAAUGACAUCAAGGUGUGGGACCUUCGACAGAAUAAACUGACCUAUACAAUGAGAGGACAUGCAGACUCUGUCACCGGUCUCAGUCUGAGUUCAGAAGGCUCGUACUUGCUUUCCAAUGCAAUGGACAAUACAGUUCGCAUCUGGGAUGUUCGCCCCUUCGCCCCUAAAGAGAGAUGUGUCAAGAUCCUUCAAGGGAACGUGCAUAAUUUUGAAAAGAAUCUGCUGCGGUGCUCCUGGUCACCAGAUGGAAGCAAAAUAGCAGCUGGGUCAGCAGACAGGUUCGUUUACGUGUGGGAUACAACCUCCAGAAGAAUUCUCUACAAGCUGCCAGGCCAUGCUGGUUCAAUAAACGAAGUAGCUUUUCAUCCUGAGGAACCAAUCAUUCUGUCGGCGUCUAGUGACAAAAGGCUGUAUAUGGGAGAAAUCCAGUGAGCAGCUGAUGGCCGUGAUCGUUAAUGCUGUGGAUGGGCAGAACUGGAUAACUUCCUAACCAAUUUGAAUUGCUCCGAUACGGCAGCAGAAGUUGAAGAGGCUGCAAGAAAACCACCUCACACACAGACCUAACCUGCUCCUUUUAGAGGCUCCUUCCUCAGCCUAACUCUUGUCGAAGAGUUAAAUGGCUCGCAGCUUGAGAAUCGUGACAGACUUGUAUGGAUUUUCCUAUUUCAACUGGGAAACAUGCUUUGGGGUCACCACCAACAUCACCCCAAAAUUAUAAAACGUUGGCGUUUUAAUAUUGUAGGCUUCCUACCAAGUCAAUUUGUCUUUGUUUUUUUACAUAAGGAAAAAAAAUGAAACCUUUUACACAAA